UUGUAAUUUGCAGAGAAUUUUUUACAUUAACAUGAAAAGAAAUACGAACAGAAGUAACAUGACACUCGUCUACUGGUGGACACAUUGGUUUUGGGUAACAACAAUAAUUAUCAGUUGUUCAUCUUCAACUGCGGUUCCGGUCACAUCAUUUGAAACCAUUUCAACUUCAUUAAAAUCUGCUUUGAUUCAGAACGACAAUUCAUUUCAAGAAACAGUAAAUGACCAACAAAAGUUGGCAACAAGUGACAAAUCCGUUCCAAUGACUUUAGAAACCUCUGACACAGAAGAUGUCUUUGGUGGUACUGAAGAAAUUGCUGCCGAGAACUCUGCCAAAAAUAAUGAUUGGCUUGAGAAGCCGACGACCACUACUGAAGUUAAACCAGUUGAUGGUUCACUGGAGAAGAAUGAAAAUAUUAUUCCUGAAGUUGUAGCUUCAUUAACUCUCACUAAUGUUAUCAAUAGUACAAACAAUUCAUCAUCACAGAACACAACCAUGUUGAGUAGCGUCACGGAAGAAGUUGCUGCUGGAAGCAUCAUCAACACAACCACAACACCCACAACAAAACUUAUCAAAGUGGAUGAACUUCCACCAUCAGGUGAACAUAUCCUUACUGUAAAAUCAUUAAAUAUAACAAGCUUGGAUGGAAGUGACAACAAUCUGAACGAUUCAAAUGAUACUGUUGAGAUUGUGAUGACAGAUGAUGAAAGUAAUUCAACUGAAGUUACUGAAGUUUCUGAAAGGAAAUCAAAAGGUUUAUUGGGUUAUAGUGAAGAAGCCAAAAUUGUGAACAAUAUCAGCUCAAGAUCAGCACUUCAAGUUUCACAUCAAAGCCAUAGUGCACCGACGAAUGACGAUUUACUCUCAUCAGAAGCUUUAUUUGAUACUGAUCAAGACAAUGGUGGCAUCACAAUGAAUGCUGGAAUUAUUUCCAUCAUUUGUGUGGGAAUUAUUGGAUCACUAUCUGCAUUUAGUAUCAUGUUCGUUUAUGUCUAUCGACGAAGGUUCUUGAACAAACCUCAAACUUUAAGUGAACCCGAUUCAAGUGGUUACAUCGAUGAAAGUUCAAUAAGAGACAAUUCAGAUGAACUUUACAGUCUCGACAACGACUCUUUUCUCAAUUCCCUUGAAGCAAUGACGAUACAAAACUAUUGGACUGACAGCGUGAAGCAUACAAAGUUGUAAACAGAAUCAAAGAGAUGGAGACAACGUUCAUAUUGUUGAGCGAUAUUGAAGUCACAAAGUAUACAAAUCAUGAAACAAGAUUUGCGUUAAAAAGAGAGAAUCAAGUAGAUGCACCAAUGUAGUAGUCAAGAACCUCUCGAAUUCCUUUUAGUGAUACUAAUAAUAGUAAUAGUAAUGAUAUCAUCACCCAACAUCUCUAAUUUUUGAAAAUUUAAGACUCUAGAUGAAACAUUCCAAGAGACAAACGAAUUAACUGUUGUAAGUUUAUUAAAUGGAUGUUGAUCACAUCAUAUUUAUAUCAGGAGAAACAAUUUAUACGAUUUAAGUAUCAAUAUCUUAGAAUUUUCAAAAAUAUUGACAAAACAAAUCCAAAUUUCUCUUAUGAUAAAAUUUCAGAACUAAAAUUUACGAAUUGAUGUCUUAACAUUCUUUCCCAUGAUUCGUUUUUAAGUAGAAAUAUAAUUUGAU